GCAGCCAGGGGCCGGGCCGCUGUUCCGUCGCGGGUUCUGCACCUGGGCUGCAAAGGACAAAGGCCACUCAGGGUGACACCCGGGUGCAGGGGUCUCCGGGCACUGGGCGCUUUUCCCCAGCAGAGGCGGAUGCCCUCGAAGGUUCCCCGCUCCCGCCUCUCCGGUGCCUGGGACACGCCCUGCCCCCCACCGUCGCCCCUGCCCCCAGACUGCGGGGUCGGGGAGCGGACAAAGGUCAGGCCGAGCUGGCACGUGAGACCCCGGCCACGUGACCGGCAUGAGCCGCGGACCGGUGCGCUCCUCUGCCCCGCCUCCCCGGCCUCGCGCGCUCUGCCCUCCGCGUGGCCGCCGGGUCGUCGUGGCGCUGACCCCUCACCCCACGAGCCCUCGGUGGCUGCCCCGGCCCCUGGGCAGGUGUCACUCCUGACUUCAGGCCCCCACGGAGGGACGCCGACCAGGUAGGACGCGCCGCGGGCGCGGGUGCGAACUCGGGCCGCCCGCGCCGCCGCCGCCGCCGCCCCAGGCCCGCGGGACCCCAUGGAGCUAGGCGCCGACGCCCAAGGGGGCGGCAGCCCCGAGGCCCCCCGGGACGCAGCGGGCCCCGAGCUCCCGCAGCUGCCGCGCCGCCCGCAGCUCCUGGACGAGCGCGGGGACCCCCCCGAGCCCGCGGCCGAGGGACCCUCCGCCCAGGCGGCGGGCGGGGCCGGGCCGGCGCCCAAGGGGGCUGUCGGCGGGGCCCCCCUCGGCUGGGUGGGGGAGCCCCCGCCCUACGCGCCCCCCGACCCCAAGGCCGUGCAGCUGCUCUACCCGCCCUUCCCGCCGGCCCCGGUGCUCUUCCCGCCGGCUGCGACCCCCCAGGCCCUGUACCCGCCCGCCCCCGCGACCCUCUACCCCGCGCCGCCGCCGCCGCUCUUCACGCCCUUCCCGGUGUACGGCGGCCCCGGCCCGGCGGAGCACAGGCCCCUGCCCAAGGACUACAUGGUGGAGUCGGUGCUGGUGACGCUCUUCUGCUGCCUGAUCACCGGGCUCCUGGCCGUCGUCUACUCCCACGAGACCCGCGCGGCGCUGAGCCGGGGGGACAUGGGCCAGGCCGAGGAGGCGUCCCGCAAGGCUCGUGGCCUGGUGCUCUUCAGCCUGCUCUUCGGGGUCUUCGUGUCCGCCAGCUGGGUGGUCUACGUGAUGGUGGCCCUCUACCUCCCCUGAGCCGCCCGGCCCCGCCCUGGGCGCCACGCCUCGCUGCCCGUGCCCCGACACGGUGACCCCGGCGCCCGCCCUCCAGCCCCUGGAGCGGCAGGCAGGGUCUGGGCCCCCCCAGGGUUCCUGACCGCCCCCGCCACACUGGCCCCGACUCCCCCCUCUGGGCCUGUGCUCGGCCGUGGUCGGGUCUGGCUGCGGCCCCUCGACUGGGCAGAGCCUGGAUGUGGCCCCUUCCUCAGACCCAGGGGCCACGCCGGGCUGUGCCCAGGGCAGACCCUAGGGGCCUGGGGCUCAAACCUGACCCGACACGGGUCAGCUGUCUGCACAUCUGGCCCAGACUCACUGAAAUUCUAACAGGACAGCUUAGCUUUUAAAGGGGGGUAGAGGGGCCGAGGCGGCAGCACAGCGGGGAGGGCGUUUGCCUGGCACACGGCCGACCCGGGUUCGAGUCCGCAUCCCGUAUGGUCCCUCAAGCACUGCCAGGAGUGAUUCCUGAGUGCAGAGCUAGGAGGAAGCCCUGAGCAUCGCCGGGUGUGACCCCCCAAAAAAACAAAAAAUAAAGUGGGGGUAAAAAUAUUUCUGAAAGUUAAGGACCACUGGGACCCAAGAUAGCAGAGCAGGGAGGGCGUUUGCCUCGCGUGCACCUGACCCGGGUCCAAUCCCCGCUUUCCACACGGUCCCCGAGCACCGCCAGGAGUAACCCCUGAGCAUCUCUGGGUGUGACCCGAAAAGAAGAAAACAGUGAAGGGCCAGAGUGCUAGCCCAGUGGGUCGGGCACUUGCCUUGCACGUGGCUGCCCCAUAGUUGACCCCAGGCACCUCCUGUGUUCCCUGGAGCACUGUCGGGAGGAUCCCGGAACACAGAACCGGAAGUAAACUGAGCACACUGCCAGCUGCGGCCCCAAAGAACGAACAAACAAAUUCACAAAAAUUAUGACGGGGACCAGAGAGAAGGUCGGUGGCACUCGUCUCGCACGCGGCUGGCCCGGCCCCCCUCGAGCCCCCCUGGACGUGCCCCCAAACUGAACAAGACAUGAGCGUGGAAGGAGGUCGGGUGUGGUUAGACGGCAGCACGCUGGCCUUGCACGACGCUGCCUCUGGCCAGUCCCGGGCACAGUGUCUGGUGCCGGGGCCCGAGCACAGAGUCAGGAGUAGCCUGAGCACUGCAGCGCUGGCUGGCCGGGAGAGUGGCUGAGUCUCAGGGCGUCGAGAGAGCAGGCAUGGGAGAUCCCCUCUCAGGGGGCUGCGGACGCCCGGGGGCAGGUGACAGCUCCCCUUCGAGAACCCUUGGUGAGGACAGUGACGUUGGGGCCACUCCUGGCGGCUCCGGGGAUCGAGCUCGGGUCAGCUGUGGGAAGGCAACGCCCCCCCGCCCCGUGCCCUCACUCCAGCCUCAGCUUCCCAGUUUCUUACGAAGAAAUGAUUGAGACAUUUUCUUAGUAUCCCUGGUGCUUCCUUUUAUUCUUGGGGAAGGGGAGCCCCACCCAGCGAUGCUCAGGGCUGGGGGUUCCUGUGCUGCAGGGAUCGGAUCCGUGAUGCCUUCUGCAAGGCAAAGUGCCUUCCCCGCUGUGCUGGUAUGUGAUUUCUAUGUGCUCUGUGUUGGACAGCUGGAAUGUGUUCGUGUCAGCCUGCUGGUAAAUACACUUGGUUUGUUGACUUUGCUCAUUGACUUUGUCUUCAGCUCAUUUUGGGGGGGAGGGGGGAGCCGUACCUGGCAGGGUUCAGGACUUCCUCCUGCCUCUGUGCUCUGGGAGCACUCCUGGCAGGGAUCAGGUGCCGGGGACUGAACUAGGUAUGACCAUGUGCAAGGCAAGUGCCCUAACCACUAUGCCAUCCUUCCGGCCCCCCUGGCAAUGUUUCAAAAUUCAUUUCCUAACUCUGUUCAUGCCUGUAGAACUUUCUACUCGCUCUGUGCUAUCAACCUUAUUCGGGCUGAUUUGUCUUUCUCUAAGACCCUCUGUGUUCUCUCCUGCUUCCCUCACCUGUGGGCUGGGGCAGUGGCGGGUGGAGGACCCUGAGCUCACAUGGAGGGAAACGCGGAAACGCGGAAACAUGUCUCCUCCACACCCCGCCGGCCCCCAUCGGGAGUUUCCUUUUCGCUAUGCCUGGAUGUUAAAGUUUAUUGAUUACCUUCUUUUAUCCAUAGAGAACGUUGUUUUCUUUUUUGGGUCACACCCAGCAAUGCACAGGGGUUACUCCUGGCUCUGCACUCAGGAAUUACUCCUGGCAGUGCUCAGGGGACCAUAUGGGAUGCUGGGAAUCGAACCCGGGUCGGCCACGUGCAAGGCAAACGCCCUCCCCGAUGUGCUAUCGCUCCAGCCCCUUUCCUGCCUUUUUGAGCCACGCCCAGCGGUGCUCAGGGCUUCCUCUUGGCUCUGCACCCAGGGAUCACGCGUGACGCUUUCAGGGGACGCCCCGCCUUAUGGGGUGCCGGGGAUCCAACCCGGGUUGGCCACAUGCAAGACAAGCGCCUGUCUGCUGGAUUAACUGCUCCCGCUCUGUGAACGGGACACUCACUCCUGAAUAGAGCCUCCGAGGGCCGGGGCGACGGCACACGGGCUCCUGCGUGGGCUUGCACACGGAGCCCGGCUGAAAACCUGCAGUGCCCAGGCCCCAAGGGUGCCCUGAGCACUGGCGAGCACUGUGUAUGGUGCUGCGGUCUCGUGCACAAGGCAAGCCCCAAGUGCAUGGAACUGAACCCUCCUGGCCCGGCUUCCUGACGGGUCCUGCGGGACUCGCUCCCUCGUGCUCAGGGGCCGGGCGGGAGGCUGGCUGGGGCUGCGUGUGGAGAGGUCGGCAUCUUGUGCAUCUUUAUUUCCUUCUGGCUUUGGGGUCACACCCAGGACUCGUCUCUGACUGCAGCUGGGGGGCCGAGGGGGCGCGGGGGAUGGAGGCAGGCCGGCGCCCUCCCCGCUGUGCCGCGUCCCGGCCCCUUUGUGUGUCUUUUUCUUUUCACUGUUACUGAGCUCGCGCAGUCAUGGCUGCGGUUGGUCUGUGUUGGGUCCUGCGGGCCUCCGCGUGUCAGGACUCCGGCACCCGCCAGGCCUGGGGCUGGCCAGACCCGCUGGCAGUUCCACCGGCUUUCCUGAGGCGUUUUGGACCAAGGAUGUAAGAUCAGAGAUGGCAGAGUCUGGGCUGGAGUACAGGACAGCGGGACGGGCAUUUGCCUUGCGGGCAGCUGGCAAGGUUCAAUCCCAGCAUCCCAUGUGGCCCCCUGAGCACAGAGCCGGGAGUGAGCCUGAGCACAGAGCCGGGAGUGAGCCUGAGCACAGAGCCGGGAGUGAGCCUGAGCACAGAGCCGGGA